AUGCACCGGAUUUCUAAAAUAUGCUGCCGCACAUCUCGCAAAAGCCCUGGAGGUUGGACCUCGCCUACCUUUGUUUCUUCUGUGGGUCGAUCCUCGUUUUCACCACGUUCCUCGACCAAUAAUUAUCCUGAGGUGAAUUCCUCUACGCAAAAGAAUGCACCUCAAACCCGAAAUGAUAACCAACACUCCUACAACUGGCGUGCUGAUAAAGCCUUCGAUUUCGAGACCAUCGGGCGAUCCAUUCUAGGUAAUCUGUAUGACUCGUACUGUCCCUCUCCCCCCACGAGUAUUCCACCACACAUCUCUCGUAUUUCGUCCGCCGCGGCUCAUGAUAAGGAGACGAAAACGCAAACCAACCCAACGCAGCCGCAGUCGACCAAUUGGCUUGGUUCUCCCACCAACUACCACGCCCUUCAUUUAAAACAACAGUUUGGAGUUAAUGACCCCUCUCUGAUCGAUCCGAAGCAGAAGACUCUCACCAAGACGAUAGAGUUGCUCGUAAACGCGACAUUUAAACCACGAGACCCCGACAGUCGUAUCUUUGGCGGUGAUAAUCGUACUAAGAUGGCAGAGCAAAAGGAAGAAUUAAAAUCCUUAGAUUCCCGCAUUGUGCCAUUUUUGCACGAAGAACUUAUGUCCAAUUACUUGAAGAACAUCAAACAACUGUACGGCCCUUCGGGGCAAGUCUAUACGCCCAACAUUUUAACGGGGCGUUUGGUGGGCCUUUUAUAUUUCACCGAGUCUGAGCGCAGUUUAGCCUUCAUGCGCGAGCUUAAGCGCUUUCAUCAAAGACACACACCUGACUUCGUAGUGGUAUCUAUUUCACUAGGUAUAAAGGAAAUGAAGGAUGUUUCUCGGCAAUUUGGUUUCUAUCAUUGCACACACCACGAUGGCGCGAUGUGGGUGGCGCGGGAUUCGGGAAUAAUGAUACGGCCUUUUGUUCCCAUGCCGCGAUUGAUAAUUGUCAAUGGCAGUACAGGAUUUGAAAUCACGCGAAGCGGGUUGACAGCGGUUAUGGUCAACCCUGAUACGUGUUUCGAUGAAUGGAAAAAUGGGGAUUCAGGUGUAAACAUCUGGGACUGGUUGAAGGUAAUCUAUAUUGCAUAAUAGAAAAGGGUGAGUACACUCCCUUCUAUUCUUCCGUUUAUCUUCGCAUUCUCCAUUCCCAAGAAUUUUUCACCACGUUUAUAAACUAUACAAAAGCAUCGUUUGCACCGAAAUACAUAUCGGGGACAACAUCUUUUAGUAAAACUACACUCCGAAUUUUAAAAAACGUGAGGAGAGAAUAAUAAAGAUGAGAAAAAGCGUAUACUAGCGUUCGAUUACUCUUUUCAUUUUCAAAACGUGUGUACAAACGAUUAAUUACAGUACU